AUGACACUAUCGUUCCCUGCCCCGUUCCUGCAGUUCCUUCAGGACAACCACAUCGACCCGGCGAUCUACGCAAAAACCCCGUCCCUGCCACGGUAUGUCCGCAUCAUCCGCCCCGCCGAUGCGUCGCCCGACCAGCUGAUCGCCGAGCUCGCUGCCGACGCCCACUGUCCAGUCCAUGCGAUCCCGGGUCUCCCCGGCUUCCUCUUGAUCUCCGACUCGUCGGUGAAGCUAAAGCAACUGCGAGCCUAUGCACGCGGGGCAAUCACCGGUAUGGACGUGAGCUCGGGCAUUGCAGCCCUGGCACUGGAGGUUAGACCUGGGGACAAUGUCCUGGACCUGUGCUGCGCGCCGGGUGCCAAGCUCCUGUUGCUGGCCGAGCACCUGCAAGGGAAGGGCUCGGUAACCGGCGUCGACAUUGCCGAGCACCGCAUGGCCAUUUGCCGCAGCCUGGUCAAAAAACAUGCGGGUGAUGAUAAAAUCCGCAUCCGCCUGUUUGUCAGUGACGGGACUAGUUUUGAUGAGUAUGCGCCGAGGCUCGGCUGGGACGAUCCGCAGACAGUAAAGGAGGCCGGGCGCCAAAGUGGCGGAGCCAGGCCGUGGUUUGCCUCGAAGAUGCUGGCGGCGGGGUUUGCAGGCUCGGGCACAGAGCUGUAUGAUCGCGUGCUGGUGGAUGCUGAAUGCACACAUGACGGGUCGCUGGUGCAUGUGGCAAAGUACCAGCACUGGGGGUUUGAGCGGCUGGCUGAUCAGGUCACUAACGACGCAGACCAUGUGCCGCUGCUGCAGUCGCAGUUGCUGGAGAACGCCUGGCGGCUGCUCAGGCCCGGCGGCUCACUGGUGUAUAGCACAUGCAGUUUGUCGCGGCGCCAGAACGAGGCCGUGGUGGGUGGGUUCCUGAGCCGCCAUUCGGACGCCGUCCUGCUGCCCAUUCCGGCCCUCAGCUCCAUUGCCGUGUCGCCGAUCUGGAGCCCGCACGCGUUCGAUGAUGACCGAAUCCGUCGGCUAUUUGAUCGCAUGCACCAUGCCGUCCGGCUGGACCCGCUGGUGUCCAAUACGUCGGGUAUGUUCAUUGCGCGCAUCCAGAAGCCGCCCACCCCCAGCAACGAGUGUCUGGAGCAAGAAAUCGUGCCUUUGGAUAUUUGA